GAGUGAAGUAUGUUGAUUAUUUUUUAAUGGCUACCAAUGAAUGGAAGCAAUGAAGUGACAUGUUACAUUCUUUGUUUUUGGCUGUGUAGGUGCUAUACGGUGGCCUCCGACGCGCAAUAUGGCCGUGGGAAGGGAAAUAUUGACAACGAUAUUACUGCGGAGCAUAGACUCUCAAAAAUGAACACAGGAAAUAGUGUUGGGAGAAAAACAUCCGUUUCAAGGAAGGCCACAAAAACUCCUGCGAAAAACCCCCCUUACAUGGAGCAUCUUUUGGAAAGGGUUAAUCGCAUGGCUGGGGAGCUUACUCUUGUCCGUAAGCAGAUUGCAACUAUAGCAGAUUCAUGCGCAGAGAGUUAUUGCAAAGUUAAAUUAGGAGGGGAUCAUUUAUAGACGUGAGAACAAAGGCACGUCUGAAGGGGACAAGGAAAGCGAGAGCAGCCAGAAGGGAGUUUAUCCAUC